ACUAAACUCAUGAAGACAUGCCACGUGGUGUAAAUCGGGUCGGAUUUUGGAUAAAAGUCUAGCUAUAUGGGUCGACGGUUCCGGGUUGAUCUCCGGCAACGACUGUGACGCAUCAUCAAAUGGUGAAAGAGUCUUCUUCGUCGUCAUCGUCAUCUCCAGAUGAAGAAGCCGAUAUCAACGAUCUGCUCGAGGAAUCAGAUACUCAAAUCGACCAAUAUCGUGGCAUUGACGCGGCGGCAGAGCAACGACCUACCUUCGACGUGGAGAGUCUCCGAUCACGUAUAAGACGGAGUUUGAAGCUCAAUCUCACUAAGAAACAGUCCAUUGUUAUCUUCCUGCCUAUCGUCAUCAUCCUCAUUUACUUAUCUACUGAUUUCAGCAAUUACUUCUCCGUCGAAGUUCCUAAUUCUGUGUUCCGGUCAAAUACAUUAACGGGUCGGAGUCAUGAAUCGGAUCUUCAAGCGCUGUAUCUUCUCAGGAAACAAGAAAGCGAUCUCUUCUCUAUCUGGAACCAUACUUUAUCGAAUUCAUCAACGAUCGAAGACGUGAAAUCUGCAGUUUUCCGGCAGGUUUCGUUGAAUAGACAGAUCCAAAAUGCAUUACUGUCUCCGCAUAAAAGUGGAAAUGUUGAACUCGGCGGUUCAUCAGAUGGUUUCUUCGCCGGCGGAAGUUGCCGGAAGAUAGAUCAGAAGUUGAAUGGGAGGAGGACGAUUCAAUGGAAGCCGAGGCCGGAUAAGUUUCUAUUUGCCAUUUGCUUGUCUGGCCAAAUGAGUAAUCACUUGAUUUGCUUGGAGAAGCAUAUGUUCUUUGCUGCAUUGCUGAAACGUGUUCUUGUGAUCCCUAGCCAUAGCUUUGAUUACCAUUACAGUAGAAUCAUUGAUAUUGAUCGUAUAAAUACUUGUUUGGGGAGAAAUGUAGUGGUUUCGUUUGAGGAGUUUUGGAAGAAGGAUAAGAAUAGGAAGAAGCAUCAUCAUGUUCAUAUUAAUAGAUUCAUAUGCUACUUCUCCAAACCGGAGCCUUGUUAUGUAGAUAAAGAGCAUAUUGCAAAAUUGAAAGCUUUGGGGGUCACCAUUGGAGGGAAGCUAGACUCGCCAUGGGAAGAAGAUAUCGCGAAGCCAAGCAACAAGACAGCUGAGGAAGUGGAGACUAAUUUUAGAUCAGAUAAUGAUGUUAUUGCGAUUGGGGAUGUUUUCUAUGCAAAUGUUGAAAGAGAGUGGGUGAUGCAGCCUGGUGGUCCUGUUGCUCACAAGUGUAAGACUUUGAUUGAACCAAACCGGCUUAUUUUGCUCACUGCACAGAGAUUUAUUCAGACUUUCCUUGGCAAGAACUACAUUUCCCUUCAUUUCCGCAGGCAUGGAUUCUUGAAGUUUUGUAAUGCCAAGAAUCCAAGUUGCUUUUACCCCAUUCCUCAAGCUGCUAACUGCAUCACCCGUCUGAUUGAGAAGGUUAAGGCACCGGUGUUAUACCUUUCUACUGAUGCAGCCGAAAGCGAAACUGGUCUGCUACAAUCGCUAUUGAUCCUGAAUGGAAAGACUGUCCCCCUUGUGAAGAGACCAGCUCGUGAUUCAGCUGAGAAAUGGGAUGCAUUGUUAUACAGACAUGGUCUCGAGGGUGACUCACAGGUGGAAGCAAUGUUGGAUAAGACAAUAUGCGCAAUGUCAAGCGUAUUCAUUGGUGCAUCUGGUUCCACCUUUACAGAGGAUAUCCUCAGACUUAGAAAAGACUGGGGAACCGCUUCAGAAUGCGAUGAGUAUCUCUGUGCAAAGGAGCAGCCUAAUUUUGUAGCAGAUCACGAAUAAAAGAUUUAACACGCAAACUUUCUUGUGAGUUCUCACCAUAAACAGCCUAAUUCUCGUCUUGUCUGUGCAUAAUUUACUAGUGUAUCAUACAAUAAAGCCAAUGCUACAGUUUCUUCUAAUAUUAAUCUGAGAUUACUACUUUAUGAAA